AGCCUGACCGCGGCGCCCGUCCCGGCCGCCCUCGCCCGUCCCCGGCUGCCCCCGGUCGCGAUGCCCGCCCCCCGGGGCCCCGGUGGCCCGCGCCCCUGCUAGGCUGCGGCGGCAUGGCCCGCGCGCCCGGCGCGACCUCUGCGGAUUGCAUCGGUGUGCGGCGGCGGGGCAUGCCCAGGGCACCGGGCACGGCCUUCAAUGGGCGAGGACACGGACACGCGGAAAAUUAACCACAGCUUCCUGCGGGACCACAGCUAUGUGACUGAAGCCGAUAUCAUCUCCACCGUCGAGUUCAACCACACUGGGGAGCUGCUGGCCACCGGCGACAAGGGUGGCCGGGUCGUCAUCUUCCAGCGGGAGCCGGAGAGUAAAAAUGCGCCGCACAGCCAGGGCGAGUAUGACGUCUACAGCACUUUCCAGAGCCACGAGCCGGAGUUCGACUAUCUCAAGAGUCUGGAGAUAGAGGAGAAGAUCAACAAGAUCAAGUGGCUCCCUCAGCAGAAUGCCGCCCACUCCCUGCUGUCCACCAACGAUAAAACUAUCAAACUAUGGAAGAUUACUGAACGUGAUAAGAGGCCCGAGGGUUAUAACCUGAAAGAUGAGGAGGGGAAGCUUAAGGACCUGUCCACGGUGACGUCACUGCAGGUGCCCGUGCUGAAGCCUAUGGAUCUGAUGGUGGAGGUGAGCCCCCGGAGGGUCUUCGCCAAUGGCCACACCUACCACAUCAACUCCAUCUCCGUCAACAGCGACUGCGAGACGUACAUGUCCGCGGACGACCUGCGCAUCAACCUCUGGCACCUGGCCAUCACCGACCGGAGCUUCAACAUCGUGGACAUCAAGCCGGCCAACAUGGAGGACCUCACGGAGGUGAUCACCGCGUCCGAGUUCCACCCGCACCACUGUAACCUCUUCGUCUACAGCAGCAGCAAGGGCUCCCUGCGCCUCUGCGACAUGCGUGCGGCCGCCCUGUGUGACAAGCACUCCAAACUAUUUGAAGAGCCCGAGGACCCCAGUAACCGCUCCUUCUUCUCGGAAAUUAUUUCCUCCGUGUCGGACGUGAAGUUCAGCCACAGCGGCCGGUACAUGCUCACCCGCGAUUACCUCACAGUCAAGGUCUGGGACCUGAACAUGGAGGCGCGGCCCAUAGAGACCUACCAGGUCCACGAUUACCUUCGGAGCAAGCUCUGUUCCCUGUAUGAGAACGACUGCAUUUUUGACAAGUUCGAAUGCGCCUGGAAUGGGAGCGACAGCGUCAUCAUGACCGGGGCCUACAACAACUUCUUCCGAAUGUUCGACCGGAACACCAAGCGGGAUGUGACCCUGGAGGCGUCGCGGGAGAGCAGCAAGCCCCGGGCGGUGCUCAAGCCGCGGCGCGUGUGCGUGGGCGGCAAGCGGAGGCGGGACGACAUCAGCGUGGACAGCUUGGACUUCACCAAAAAGAUCCUGCACACGGCCUGGCACCCGGCCGAGAACAUCAUCGCCAUCGCGGCCACCAACAACCUGUACAUCUUCCAGGACAAGGUGAACUCCGACAUGCACUAGGCGCCGCACGGCCACGCGCGGAGCGGCCACCAGGGGGCGCCGGGCGGGCCGUCCAGCAUCCCGGGGCCGGACCGCCUUUGCUGGUGAUUGUUUGAAAACAGGAAAAAGGAUUCACAGUAAACCGACGUGAUUGUCGGCCUUGAAGUUCAGUUCUUUCAUCCCGUACUUUAACCGCGUGCAGUCGUUCCCACCUUAUUAGGAUUUUUACCACUGCGCGUUAAUUUUUCACUCCAGAGGUUCCUUUCUGGGGACGCGGGAGCCCCGGAGCUAUUUCUCUCGCGCGCCUCACUGGCCCCAGAUCAGGGCUCCGGGGACAGAGAACGAAGCUCAGACAAGCCAGCCAGGGAUUCUUUUGACGAUAAAUGGAGCAGUUGCCACUGUUUCAGAGCCGAGGGUCUCACUUUUUUGCUUUUUGGAUCGUGAAUUCAUGCUGAGAAUUUGCAAGCUCCUCUUUUAGGUUAUUUUAAUGUCUUUGAAUAUCCCAGGUCUGUUACAGUUUCUUGAGAGGAAGGGGAAUGGAAUCCCAUGUGUGUGCCUGUUUUCUGCACCAUUUAAACCAUCCUUCGCGAGCAUCUGCCCCGUGCUGGGCGUGGUGCCCGCCCCCCAGGCCCAUGGGUCUAUCCCUACAGCCGCUUGGUGACUCUCCUGUCAUCCUGCAACCGUCACUGGCACCUCGUGGGAACUCGUACUGGCUCCCUCCAUGAUCUUUCUGAAUCUUUAUCACGACCCUGUGAACUGGGUGCCUAUUCAUUUCCUCCAUAAAUGCCAACUGCGCACUGAGUGCCAGGCUCUGUGCCAGGUGCCAGGGAUUAAAGGUGAAUAACUUGUCAUUCCCAUGGUGCACACAAGAAAACUGAGGCCCAAGGCCUGCAGCAACCAAGGGGGGGGGGCAGGAAUUCCGUCCAGGCGCUCCCACAAGGCCCUUUUAUAACCCACCACGUUGGUGGCUCAUGUUAAAGCAGCAUUCUAGCCUGGAAGCUUCUGGAAGCAUCUCUUCAUCUUGUGAAGCAGGACAGAGCAGGUGGGACAAUGACGAGGGUCCGGGGAGAAUCGAGACACAGAAUGCAGAAGACCCCCGGGGUGCCCCUCGCCUGUUGGGUAACGAGGAACUCCGCCCUCUCCACCCCACAUCUGUACCCCAGCUCCUUUUCCAGAUGCACUGAACUGCCUCCAAAAGAAAAUUGCAUGUUAUGACCAUUUUAGGAUAAAUUUUCUUUUAUGACCCGCAGUCCCAAAGGACACUUCCCCUCGGGCCACAGAGAAUGCGGUGUUUCCAGGACAGUUCCUCCCGCUCUGUCAGGACCAGAUCGGCCCACCCACCCACCACGCCCACUUGUCUUUGCCCUUGGAACUGGCAGCAGAACCACGUGCUUGCAUUUUGAUUCAAAAAGCGGAGUUCAGAGGCCCGACCAAAUCCGACAUUUUUUUUUUUACAAGAUGUAACCUAACCCAGGAAAUAGGCCCAACCGGAGAUUUUUCUCAACAGAUAAUGGUCUACUUUUGUGUGUGUCAAAGCACAGAACGCAUGUGCACUCACUUCCAGCCAUAUGAUAAUUACACAAGGAAAUGGGUCCAUUGAUUUUCUUUUUUUAAUCAACAUGAAUGAAGAAUGUUUGUUUAUAUAUCACUGUAAAAUCCAGGUGACCUGGACAGUAUUAUAUGUACAUAUUUAUUCUAACUAAAGUUAACAAUCACAGGGAUGGAUUCCUCUUUUUCCCUUUGUAAAGAGGUUCAAAAUGUGGUAAAUUGUAUAGAAAUCUUGUUGAAGCCAAAAUCCAGCUCUGAGGGCCUUACACAAUUACGGGGGUAUUUGGUGUGAUCCAUUUCCCUUUGUGAUUCAGAUGCUGAGAGGAAAUUUGCGUUUGCAGAUAGAGGUUACUGUCAGAUCAUAGAUUUAACAUGGACCAUUUCUACAAAGUGCAAAUCUGUAUUCAAAAGGAGGUCUUAAUACAGUUCCUGGUUCCUUACUCUGUUUUAAACUUUGGAUACCAAACCAGAAAGGAGAAAAAAAAAAAAAAAAAGGGAGAGAAAGAAAAAGAUCUUCUCAGAAGAAAAAGCAUGCCUUUGGAUCCCUGGAAAAUAAUGAUGUCCAAAGCAAAUUAUGAAUACAAUGUGUGUUGAGAAAAGAUGCUGAGGGGGAGGGGCAAAACUAGACAUGGCAGAAGGGCCAGUAACAUAGUCACAAACUUUGCUUCCUUACCGUUUAAAUUUUCUGCUCUUUGUGAAUGUACGGGCGUUCACAUAGUCAUUGUGAAGUUGUUGGGUUGUUUUUGUUUUUAUUUCAGUACUCGCUGAGGACUGAUCUCUCGGUGGCAUCGGAUAAGUGGUGGUAGAGUAGACAGGCCUGACCAUUUUGGACUCUGUAACUCAUAGGUGCAUUCUUGUUUUCUUUGGUGUCUCACAAACUAUCCAACUGUUGAAUAAAAUUAUAAAUAUGUUAAUACCAGCUUUUUCCAAUAAAAUAACAAAUGUUACAUGGAAAAUGAGGCUUGGAAUGCUGUUUUUAAUGGGCCAUGGGUCCCGUCAGGAGGCACAUAUGGCGGGUGGGGAUACACAUGGGAAGCCUGGCUCACUUCCAGGCUUAUCUGCC